AUGCCACUGGACAUCAAAGACCCCGACACGCACGCCUUGGCGAAACGGCUCGCCAGCCUGACCGGAGAGUCGUUGGCCAAAGCUCUCAAACUGGCCAUCCAGGAAAGACUGGCGCAGGUGGAAAAAACCCAGCGUUCCACCCGGCUUGCCGAUGAACUGGAUCACAUUGCCCUGCAUUGCGCCGGUUUGCCGCGCCGCGACCGGCGGCGUGCCGAACAGAUCAUCGGUUAUGACGAACGCGGCCUUCCGGUCUGA